AUGGGCGGUUCCGCUCGAGAUGCCCGCCGCCAGCACGCCAAGAAGUCCAAGGUGGAGCUUCUGCACCCCACGACAUGGCGCCCGAGUUGCGACGCGACCUCACCUCACCUCCAGCUCCCCUGCCGCCCCCAACAACGCCUGGACAGCCGGCCGCCCUCACUCGACCCCCCGACCGCCCUCGCCUCGCCUCACCCCGCCCCGCCUCGCCUCGCCUGCGCCCUUUGCGUCCGCUGCACAACUGCCACCAUGGCCAACAUCAACUGGCGGACCAUCAACGUGGAUGCCCUGGACCCGGACAGCCCCGCCAACUUCGACCUUGGCUCCCUCACACCCGCCGUCGAGCCCAUAUCGACCGCCGACGUCCAGAACACCUCCCAGCAGAUACGGCAAUUGCUGAGGGGCGGAGACAACGAAGGCGCUCUCCAGGGUGCAUUGGAGUCCCCGCCCUACGGCGCCGACGACAAGGCCAAGGAAGUCUACCUCGCAAUCGUCCUCGAAGUCCUGCAGUCCAUUCGACAAGCCGAGAUUGCUCAAAUGCUGAGCCGCAUAUACGGUGCACCUGGCGGCACCGAAGCGCUGGACGUGCUGAUGAAGUACAUCUACAAAGGCAUGGCACAGGCCGCCCCAGCCAACAGCGCGCGCAACAACAUCACCCCACAAGCCACCGGCUUCUCGCAGGUACACUCGCGCGGAGGAGCCGAGGGAGGUGGCCAGGCCAUGAGUGUUUUGCUUAGCUGGCACGACAAGCUCGUCGAGGUAGCUGGUCCCGGCAGCAUCGUCAGGGUUAUGACGGACCGCCGUACUGUUUGA